CCCUUCGCUUGGAGCGGAGGAAAGUAUAACCCUCAUUACACCCAAUGUUGGAGAAUUGCAUUGAGGGACUAGUUGAGCCAGUCAUAUCCAACCAAGCAAUGGGCUUCCUUGCUAGGAAAAGAAAUGGAGUAGUAGUGUCUCAGAGAAUUGUGCAUUUAGGGACUAGUUGAGGAAAUGGGAUUCCUUACUAGCAAUAGAUCAUCUCAGCCAGUGGACAAGGCUUUGUCCAGAAUCAAAACAAGCUUAAAGAAAUGUAAUCCAAGCAAUGGACCUGAUAAGAACCUGCUAUUCUUGCCCAGUAGAAAGACUUCUGCUGCUUACUUCGAGUCAGAAAUUGAAGAUAUUGAUAUUGAUAUGCAGCUAAAAAUAGCGGAAGGAAUGUAUGAUGAGAGUAAUUACAUGUGGUUAUCUUCAGACUGUGACUCUUUGCCCAGAACAAAGACUUCUGCUUUGUUCUCUGAGCCAGCAACUGAACUUAUUGAUAUUGACAUGCAGUUAAAACUCACUGAAGGAAUGUCUGAUGAGAGUAAUUGCAUGUGGUUGUCUUCAGACUGUGACUCCUUACUUAGUUCUGAUUUAUCAGGAGAUAUUUAUCAGUUGAAUAGCUGGAAUCAUUCUUUCAUAGAUGGGCUGCCUCUGAUGAAGGCCGAGAACCCUGAUUCUACUGUACAUGAUCUUCAAAUUAAUCUCAGUGGCGAACAUUUAAAGGAAGAGGGUGUUCUGAGUGACCAAUCUAUUUCUUUUCAUGGGAGUAGUGAUUUCUCUUAUGAUAGAUUUCAAAAGGGCUCAUCGAUAUAUGAGAGUUCAAGCGCAUCUCUUAGUACAAUGGAUGAUUUUGAUAGAACUGGAUCAUGGAUCACUCCAUUUGAUCUCAAUCUUGAGAGUUCUGAGUUGAUACAGCUGAAAGAUGGAGUAAAUUCUAUUUGUUCAGAUUUUUCAAGCCCUAUAAAUAGUUAUAGGAGAAAUCCUCAAUCAGAAUCUUCAUUUUCUAGUCCCAACUCAGUAACUACUAUUCAUAUGACAGAGGCAUCUAGCAGUUUGUCAAGCGAGUAUGAACAAGAUGAACCUCUCUUCUGGCCUUACAGUCAAAACCUGUAUGAGAGUUCCGAAUUGGGUAAGAGUUUCUUAUGUAUUUCUCCUCGGAAGGAAAAGAAUACGGCGAGAGACAAGGUAGUCAAUGAGCUAAAAUCAGUAGAGGGCAAGCUCAAGAAGACCGAUAGUUUAUCAGCUAACAAGAAGAGUUCCCAACUUCAAUGUGGCAGAAGGCCUGAAUUGAGUCAAAAGCCAAAAAAAUCUGCAACAUGCAAAAAUUAUAACAAUUCUCAACGCCCGCCAUUGCAUUCAAGCACAUAUUUAGCUCAAGCUUCAGCCAAGUCAUUUCCAUGCAACACCUUAACAAAAAAAAGGAUCAAAACCACCAUGAAAGAGACCACUCAGCUGAAGUCUAAGAACCAAAGAAGCAAGGUGGAAGAGUUGCCAGCGAAAUCUUUGCUAGAGUUGGAAGCCACCUUUUUUUAUGAAGUUUUCAUGGAGGAUGCGACAAUUGAAAAACUUGUUGGUCUGAAUGAGUUUGACAGCCAUGAAUGGGAAAACUUCAAAUUACGUGAGGAUUGCAUUAUCGAGGCAAUGAAGAAAGAGGAGAGGUCCCAGUUAGGCAGAGAGACAUUUUUCCUCCAAUUAUUUGGAAAAACCUUAUAACUAGUAAUUAUAAAAACUUUGCUCUAGAGCUGAUUUCUUGUACACAAGUAAUUAGAAUAGGCCAUGUUUGUUCUUUAAGGAUACCUGUUAGAAAGAGAAAAGUUCUUUGACAGAGUAGAGAGACUCGUAUCUUCAAAUGUUUUCAAUGGAGCAAGCUUAUAGGAUAGAAUAGCUAAUGAGCGUGCUGUGUUGGAUUCUGAGAUCAACCAGCCAGCU